AUGUCACAGUUAUCAAGUCCAUCGUGGCAUCACGUUGCCGCCAGGAAGCAGAAACAGAUCUUUGAUGCAAUUCCCUCGGCAUGGCUAGUUGGCGAGGAGCUUCUUCGUGGCCAUAACUUUAUGGAACUGCCUAGAAGGUGUGAUUCUAUCAUGUCUGAGGAAGAGCUCUUCAUCACCGAACAACGAGCUGUGGAUAUUCUGUCUCACAUUCACAGCAGGACAUGGACGUCUUACCAAGUAACCCUGGCAUUUUGCAAGCGAGCUGCUCUUGCUCAUCAAGCUACCAAUUGUCUCGCUUUCAUCAUGUUUGACUCUGCUCUCGAGCGAGCGAAAGAGCUAGACAACUACAUGGAAAAGCACAACAAGCCAGUUGGUCCCCUUCAUGGCUUGCCUAUCUCUGUCAAAGAACACAUCUUCCUAGAGGGCACGCCAGCGACUUCAGGCUUGAUCUCUUGGGCAGAUGCGCCUAGUCCUGGUGAUGCUCUGAUCUGCAAAGUAUUUAGAGAAGCAGGAGCAGUUUUUCACGUCAAAACUACGAACCCACAGACCCUUAUGGCUCUUGAAACACAUUCCAAUCUUUUUGGCCGUACGACGAAUCCUUACAACACCAGCCUUACCUCAGGAGGAAGCUCGGGGGGUGAAUCUGCACUGGUAGCUAUGAGAGGGUCACCCUUGGGCAUUGGCACAGACAUUGGUGGUAGCAUUCGUGGUCCCAGUGGCUUCUGCGGAGGCUGGGGAUUAAAGUGCUCUGUGGCCAGAAUUCCUCACUCUGGCCUCAGCGGCCUGCAUGCCGGUAUGGAAAACAUCAUCGGUUGUGUUGGCCCUAUGGCAAACUCGCUUGCCGAUUUGCGUCUGUUCUGUAAAGUGGCCCUGGACGCACAACCUUGGGACUUCGAACCCAGCCUCAUCGAUCUGCCAUGGCGAAACGACUCGCCUGAGACUUUACCGAAGAAGCUGAGGAUAGGCGUGUUAUGGCACGAUGGAGAAGUGAUGCCUCACCCACCCAUCCAACGCGCACUCAAAGAGACAGUCUACAAACUUCGUAAAGCAGGUCAUGAAGUAGUGACGUGGGAUCCAAAUCUUCACACCGCAUUACUCGAAUGGAUCAAUACAGCAUACUUCCUCGACGGCGCAGAGGAGUACACAUCUACUCUGACACAAGACUCCGACCCAGCAGUCCCCUUGAUCCAAUGGCUCAUAGACAGCGCGACACCAACCCGCCACACUGUCGAGCAGACCUGGGAACUCAACUCCCUGCGUGACCGCUUGCGAACAGCAUUCUCUCUGCAAUGGAGAGAAGCAGGUAUAGACGCUUUGUUGUCCCCGGUCAACGCUUCUGUGGCUUCUGCACACGACGAAAGCAAGUACUGGGGGUACACUGCUGUGUUUAAUGCUACAGAUCUGCCUGGUGUGGUCUUCCCUGUCACAAAGGUUUUGCCGACAGAUACUUGGGAUCAAGAUACGCCAGAUGUCACGGGUGAUAAGGAUGCCAUGUACAGAAAGUUCUGGGACGAGGGUGGGGCGGAGAAGUACAAAGAUGCGCCAGUGAAUCUGCAGCUAGUCGGUAAAAGGCUGAGAGAGGAGAGGUUGUUGGCAGUAGCUGAAGUUGUGGAGAGUAUCAUUAGGGGUGCAGAUGAUGAGGUAAAAAGUAGCAAGCCUGUGAAGCGUGUGGAAAGGACUGAGAUGGUACAAAGUCAACUGUAA